AGUACUUUAUCUUUUUCAUUUGUUGGUAAUAUUCUCAUUUUUUUCUCUCUCGUAGGAACCAUUCACAACGUGCGUUCCUAUCAAACCGACACCUUAUCAACGAAAAAAAUGCCUUACCGUGGUAAAUUACGAUUACUUAGCAGAGCUUGCUUCACCUUCAGAAACUCGUGUGCCGAGAAAAGCAACACGCAUUUCGCUGCUAGUAUACCCGGUAGGAAUUUCUCUACCAAUAGAGCGGUCAACAUGAGGUUUGUACAAUUCACUGGUAAAAAUGGUGGUCCUCAACAUUUAGGAGUGCAACUUGUCCAAGGUGGUGACAUAAUCGCAGUUUCGGCGGUAGAUUCGAGAAUUCCAAAUACAUUGAAAAAAUUUCUCGAGGGUGGUGACGAUUUAUUAAAAAAGGCUAAAAGGGAAGACGAGGUGAACGUGUUGACUAUAAUAGAGAGAAUAGUGGCAGAAGGACGUAGCGUAAUACCGGAAGUGGAGGUGAAUUUUCUGGCGCCAGUUACACGUAUGGAUAAGUUGGCUUGCGUUGGUUUGAACUAUGUUGGUCAUUGUAAAGAACAAGGUGUAUCACCACCGGAAAGCCCUGUGAUUUUUAGUAAAUUCGCAAGUAAUAUCAUCGGACCGCGUGAUAAUAUUAUGCUUCCACCAAUUUCAGAUAAAGUUGAUUGGGAAGCAGAACUCGCGAUAGUAAUUGGGAAAAAGUGUAAAGCAUUGAAUAACAAUGAAGGAGAGGAUUAUAUUUUUGGUUAUACAAUAGCGCAAGACAUUACAGCUCGAGAUUGGCAAAAAUCGAAAAGAAAUGGCGGUCAAUUUUUAUUGGGCAAAGCCAUGGAUACAUUCUGUCCAUUGGGACCAGCUGUUGUUACUAAGGAAGCUAUUUCUGAUAUCAACAAUCUUACCGUAAAAACAUGGGUAAAUGGUAAUAUUAAACAAGAUGGUAAUACCAGCGAACUAAUAUUUAAGCCUCAUGAAAUCGUCGCUUAUAUUUCACAAUUUAUGACACUAUUACCGGGAGACGUAAUUCUAACGGGCACGCCAUCUGGUGUGGGAUUCACUCGUAAACCACCUGAAUAUUUACAGCGUGGAGAUGUAUUAGAAACGGAAAUACAAGGUUUAGGUCGUUUGAGAAAUAAAGUUCUCUGAUCUGACGAAUAAAUUAUGCUUGUAGAAAAUAUACAGGAACGAUUCGCCUUAAAAAAAUUGAAUAUGCGACAAAAAUAAAAUCGACAUCAGAACAUUAUGGUCAAAUUAUGAUGUAUUCUAAAUUGAUUCAAUGCACGAAAGAAAUGAUACGACGAUUCAAAAAACGCAACACUAUCAAUUUAGAACAUAAUGAUAAUAAUAUGAGAAAUAGUUCGAUGUAAAAAUAUCGAACAUUUUUUAAAAAACUGAAACUUAAAUAUGCACUUAUAACAUUUUGAGAAUGUUAUACUUAUUAUUAUUACAUUAUACACGAAUUUUACGUAUUUAUAUAAUUAAGAGACUGUUUUCAAAAAUACAAACUCGUCUGAGAAUUUUUUUAUAGAUUCAUUGUUUUCUAUCAACAUGCUAUGAAUUUAUAUUAAAAUAUUUUUUGACAAAU